CUCUUAUGCCUCCCGUAAACUGCUUGAACCAACUCAAAAUGACAUUUUGACGGGCGCCCACCAUAAGACGCUAAGAUAAGACACCGUCGGGGACCCCAGCUAUCGCCAAUAAUUUUCUGAGAAUCUAAUCGCGGCGCCAAAGCAAGCUUCCCAGCCACAUCAGACAAUGGCAUUUCACGGCAACAGAGGCGGCGCUCGAGGUCGAGGGUCUAGCACAGGUGGCCGUGGCGGUCGCGGGGGUAGCAGCAGAGGUGGAGCAAGAGGAGGAGCCCGUGGUGGAGCGCGAGGCGGAGGGGGAGGCAGAGGAGGUGCUAGAGGUGGUAGAGGCAGAGGCAGAGGGAAGCCGAUAUUCGACAGUGCGAGAUUAGCAGAGAAUGACGAAGAAAGCGACAGCGAGGAAUAUUCGGACGAGUCAGCUUCUGAAGAAGAGGCCUCGGACGAGGAGAUGUCUGACGACGACAUUGUCCAGGCAUCGGCUGUGAAGCCUUACGCUGCGCUCUUGCAAAGCCUCACGGCGGAUUCGGCACCGGCUGCGAAGCGACGUAAGCUCGAUACAUCGUCUGGCCAACAAGUGGCUCAGGAAAGCGAGGAUGAAGAAGAAGAGAUUACCAACGUCGACGACGUGGAAGAAGAGGAGGAAGGGCCGGAGACUGCAGUGGAAAGCGCUCUAGACGAGGAUGAUGACGAAGAUGCCUCCGAUCCGUUCGAGGCCAAUUUUGCCAAUCCUGACAGCAAUGUCCUCUCGAGGAGACUUAACAACCUGAAGAACGGGGUGUGGUCGCCGAAAAAAAUCAUCGUGAAGAACGUUGGGAGGGCUGUCGUUGCCAUUCCAGAGAAGGAUGCGCCAGAACAGGCCACACUACCUGCGGCAAUUAACAGCCCGUCUGGACUCGUCUUGAAGAAGAAGCUUAUCGACCCAGUCACGAAACAAAGGGCCUCCUUCGAUCCGUUAGAGCAGAAUAUGGCGGCCUCGAUUUUCAACUAUCGUGAUAUAUUAUUCUGUGACAGGACAGCAGCUAACGCUGAGAACCUCCGCCGUUUGACAUGCCUGCACGCUGUCAACCACAUUUUCAAGACGAGAGAUAAGGUGAUCAAGAACAAUGCUCGCCUCGCCAAAGAAGAGGGCAAUGAAGAUCUGGAUCUCAGAGAUCAAGGAUUUACGAGGCCCAAGGUCCUCAUGCUCUUGCCGACAAGAGAGUCCUGUGUGCGCAUGGUGAACAUGAUCAACAAACUAUGUGAGCCUGAGCAACAGGAAAACAGGAAGCGAUUCGACGAUUCAUACGUCGACAAGGAAGAGAAAUUCUCGGAUGAUAAAACCGAGGAUUUCCGAGAACUAUUUGCUGGAAACGACGAUGACAUGUUCCGCCUGGGGCUGAAGUUCACUCGCAAGACCGUAAAGUACUUUUCCCAAUUCUACAACUCCGACAUAAUCCUCGCCAGUCCCUUGGGUCUACGCAUGGCCAUCGGCACCGAAGACUCCAAGAAGAUCGACCACGACUUCCUCAGCUCCAUCGAGCUUGUCAUAGUCGACCAAGCCGACGCGCUCCUGAUGCAGAACUGGGAGCACGUCGAGUAUAUCUUCUCGCACAUGAACCAGCAGCCCAAGGAGGCUCACGGCUGCGACUUCUCCCGUGUCCGCAGCUGGUAUCUAGACGAUGCCGCGCGUUAUUUCCGCCAAACCAUCGCCCUCUCCGCAUUCAAUACCCCCGAGCUAAACGCCCUCUUCCACUCCAAAUCCCGCAAUUGGCGUGGCAAGGUCCGCAUCGGCGCCACCCACCAAGGCGCCCUUCAACAGCUCGGCCUCCGCGUAAAGCAGACCUUCUCCCGUAUCGACGCUCCCUCCAUCAGCGCCGAGCCUGACGCACGCUUCACCUACUUCACAUCCGCGCUCGUCCCGGCGCUAAUGAGGCACAAGCACGAUUCUGCCGGGACGCUGCUCUUCAUACCCAGCUACCUCGACUUUGUGCGCGUGCGUAACUACUUCUCCUCCUCGCCAACAACGGCUACCCUCUCCUUCGGCUGCAUCUCCGAGUACACCUCCGUGCGCGAAGUGGCGCGCGCACGCUCUCAUUUCCUGACUGGUCGGCACAGCGUGCUGUUGUAUACGGAGCGAGCGCAUCAUUUUCGGCGGUACCAGAUUCGGGGGGUGCGGAAGGUUGUAAUGUACGGCUUGCCUGAUAAUCCGAUUUUUUACAAGGAGAUUGUGGGCGGGUAUCUGGGGAGGAGCGUGCAGGAGGGUAGACUGGAGGUGGGGGAGGGGAGCGCGAGGGCUAUGUUUAGUAAGUGGGAUGUGAUGAAGUUGGAGAGAGUUGCGGGGACGGAGAGGGUGGAGAAGAUGGUUAUGGAGAAGGGGGAUACGUUUGAUUUCCUGUAGAGCAAAGGAGGUGGUGGGUGUUACGUUUAAAUAAAGUUGUUGUAUAACCUCUAACAGCACUCGGGGCAAUCUUGCAAUCUAUCAUUUAUAUACUUUGAAUUCAACUAACGUUGUUAUACAUUCUACCUACGUGACAAAUCAUAAACCUCUCAAGUUCGAAUUUGACUUCUGGUCAACUGGCGUAUAUCUCUCCGCCAACGCCUCCCUAACCGACUUGUUCAGCGGGGAAGCCGCGUCGUACCUUUGCUUCAAGGCCCUCUGCACAUCUGUCAGCCCAUCUGCCUCCUCGUGUCCACUCGUCCUUCCAAUGGCGCUCUCCACAACCUCUUUGCCGCGUGCGACAGUCCUCUUCACUGCCCCAACGACGCCCUCUUCCGUAAGCUUCAGUCCUUCUGCAACCUCCGAAGCCUUUGCAGCCUCGUGGUGUGCCGCGGCCCGCACAGCAUGCUCGGCGACCGUCUCAGUAAGACGCAGUCCUUUCUCGAUCUCACGUCCCUUCUCAACACCCUUCCUCCAGGCCUCCCUAGCCACAGGCCCCGCAUUCUCGAGGCCGUGCUCUGCCUUGUCUCCAUAAAUGCCCUCUCUCUUGCCAAUCUCGUGAGCUGCUUCAGUGCUUUUCUCCCACUGCCGCCUUGCAGCGUGGGCAGCAGAUUCUUCCCCGAGUCUCAGCCGCUCCGCAACUUCAUGAGACUUCUCCACGCCCUUCCUCCACGCCUCCUUCGCGGUCGCACUCGCAUUCUCCAACCCAUGCUCGGUCUUCCCCUCAAACUUCGACUCCCUCUCGCUCGUAGCACUCAGCGCCCUCGAUGCCGCCCUCUCAGCCGCAACCCUGGACCCAUCAAAGCCCAUCUUCGCGCCGUGCCUAGCCCUCUCAAUCGCCUCCCUAGCAAUCGGCCCCGCCUUAUCCUCCGCAAGCUGAAUCUCCUCUCUCGACUUCUCCAGCCCCGUCCCCAGCGCCUUAGCAACCGCGCCCUCCAUCCCCUCCUUCACGUUGCCCCACUCCGCGCCCUGCACCCAGCGCACUGCGUUCUGGAUCUCCGCGUUCCAGCGGUCCUUGGCCGUCUCGACGAGCGUCGC